AUGUGGGUUUCUAUUGUAUUAAUUUUUAUAUUAGCAGGAAUUAUGGCAUUAGGAAUUCUCUUUAAAUAUAUUAACCCAUUAAAAACAAGAUGGUAUGUUGUGCUGUGUUCAUUUGUAGGAUGGUAUUUAGCAUUUUUAAGUCCAUUAUUAAUGCCAUUAGACAUUGUGUCAACGUUUAGAUCAGAAAAAGACUUUUUAUAUAUUAAUCAAAAUGUAUUAAUUGUUAUAUGGUGGAUUAUUUAUAUUUUACAAUUUGGAUUAUGUUAUUUAAUAUUUCCAAUUGUUCAAACCUAUAGCAUUGUAGGAGAUUUUACGUUUAUCAGAAAAUUAAUCAGAAGUAUUAAAAGAAAUGUUAUAUUUUAUGGAACAUUAAUUAUGUUACUUAUAAUAUUUUUCAUAUUAUUUUGGUUCUUUAAAGGAGAUGAAUUAAUAACAAGUGGACAAGAAUAUUUUGGAUUUGCAUUAACAUUAUCUAAUGCAUGGGGGUUAAUAUUAGCUAUUGGAUUAAUGGGAAAUGGAUAUAUUAUGUAUAUUUAUGAUACAAUACGUACAUUUACAAAUAAAUUAGAAUUAAGAAAAAAUAUUUGUGAUGUUGGGUUAUGUAAUAUCAGAAUGACAGAAUCAAAAAAAGUAUUAGAAGAACAAAUUAAAGUGAUUAAAGGAUAUGAUGAAAUAAUUAAUGAAGAAGACCCAUUAAGACCAUAUGUUAAUAAAUGUGUAAGUGACAUUAAAAGAUAUUAUAAUGAGAAAUAUGAAACAAGUCCAUCAAAUAAAGUAAAGAAUAAUUACACAGAACUAGCAAUAUCAAAUGAAAAGUUACAAGAUUCAUUAAGAAAAAUUAUUCGAGAUGAGAAAUUAUAUGAAAAGACAAUUACAAAAACUAAACAAUUAUUCUUAAUUGAAAAUGAAACUGACAUCCCUGAAUUAAUUCAAGAAAUCCCGAAAAUUAAAUAUUAUUAUUAUAAAUAUGGGAGAUGGUUUACUAAUAUCUUCAAAACAUUACUUAUUCUUAUAUUUUGGAUUUUUAUUAUUCAACCUGAAUUAACAAUGAUAGGAAAAUUAAAAAAUAUUAAUCCUACUAUUAAUAUUACAUCAAGUUUACUUAAUAAUGAUUUAAGUGGUUGGGUUGGUGUAGAAACAUUAAUAAUAUUAUCAUUAAUGAUAUUUUUUGCAUUCUCUUCAUUUAUUAAUAUAGAAAUGAUUUCAUUCUUUAGAAUUACAAAACAUCAAUUAAGUGAUUCAUAUUCUAUUAUAUUUGCAGGAAAUUAUUUAUCAAGAGUUGGACCAGCACUUGCAAUGAAUUUUAUCCAUAUGAUUAAUUUUACAUCUAAUCAAUAUUCAAAUAUUCAAACACAAACUGCAUUCCAAAUAGUCAAUAAAGGAAUGGAAAAAGUUCCAUUCUUUGGUAGAAAUAGUUUUAAUGACACAUUCCCAAUGUGUAUAUUUUGUAUUAUGGUAUUAAGUGCAUUAUUCAUUGGGAUUGAUUAUAGAAAAGUCUUUAAUUUUGUUGUUGGUCUCUUAAACUAUAUCUUUUCUUGUGUUGAUGGUAUUGGAAUUGACGAAAUUAUUUAUACAUCAGAAAACGAGUCUUAUAAAAAAGGUGUUUUAUUAAUUAAAAAGAGGUUAUUAGAUGACUCUAAAAAUCUUCCUGAAAGUGAGUCCAAACGUAAUUAUAGAAAAAGUGUUAUGUCAAUCCAUUGGAAA